AUGAGUGUUAAUGAUAAUGGCUAAGAAUGCAAUACUUUGGAUGAAUAGCAUAAAUAAUAAAUGAUGUAAUUAGAAACAAUGGGGAUGAUGUGUAAAUAUCAAAUGAUUUUCACUAAAAUGGAUGCGGCAUUAUUGAAAAUAGCAUCAAUAUUGAGAUAAAAAUAAAAUAACGACAAGUCAUAUGCUUUAUUUCAAAUUAAGGAUAGAUCAGUCGGUCAAAAGUAAUUAAUAAUGGUCAAUGCAUUAUCAAUAGCUUAAAGAAUGAAGUUAAAGUUAAAUGGAUUAUUUAAUUUUUGUGAAAAACAUGCUUAAGAGAAUUAAUUUGUAGCAUUUCAUAAAAUGGUAAUUCUGUCAAAAGCUAAAAAUCAAGAACAGAGACUCAAGGAAGAAAACGAAAAAUAGAAGAAGGAAUUUUUAUUCAAAUUGAAUUAAAAGGAUGAAGACAUCGAUAGGUAAAGAAAAAAGAAUGAAGAAUUAGAGGGAAUUUUAUAUUAAUAAAAGCAAAGGGAGAGUGAUUGCACAAUCAAAUUAUAAUAAAAAAUGAAAUUGAUUCAAAGAUAUGAAACUGAUCUUUUAGAAUUAAAGAGAUAACCUUCUUCAACUAAGAAUUCUAAUUAAGAAAAUAGAUUGAAAGAAUUAGAAAAUAACAAUGCCAUACUAAGCUUAUAAAUAUAAUAAAAUUCUUAAUCUUUAAUAAAUUUUGUAAAGGAGAUGAAUGAAUUAUUGGACAGUCAUUCUUUUAUAUUGAAUGAGAAGAACAUUAGCAGCUUUCGUGCAAAAUAUAAAUGA